UGCAAUCUUUGCUCAUUGACUUGAUUUAUUUGUCUUCCGAAUCAGGAAUCGUACCUUGAAUUGGUAACAAUGUCUGGGCGCGGCAAGGGAGGCAAGGGACUGGGAAAGGGAGGAGCCAAACGGCACCGUAAGGUCCUCCGCGACAACAUCCAGGGGAUCACCAAGCCGGCCAUUCGCCGUUUGGCUCGCAGAGGAGGUGUGAAGCGUAUCAGUGGUUUGAUCUACGAGGAGACUCGAGGCGUGCUCAAGAUAUUUCUCGAGAAUGUGAUCAGAGACGCCGUGACUUACACCGAGCACGCUCGCCGGAAGACUGUGACGGCCAUGGAUGUGGUCUACGCGCUCAAGAGGCAGGGCAGGACUCUCUAUGGGUUUGGUGGCUAGUGGGGGGUUUGUGGGGUUCUUACAAGUCUUGCUGUCAAGAAAUGUAGUGUUGUGGGGUGUUGGUUGUUUUAGGUGUUGAUGAACUGCUAGGGUUCUUGGUAUUGUAAGUAGUUGAUGAACUGGGUUAUGUGUUUCUGGGUCUGGAAUUGGAAAAUCUAAUGGAAUGGUGGCUGUGUUUGAUCUGAAAAUUGUUUUUCUGAGUUUGGCAAUUUUGUUU